AUGAUUCCGGCCUCACCCAAAAAGAGACGAGGCCCUGAUCUCCCGCUAGACACCCAGAGACCUCCGCCCAAUUUCAUGGUGGACGAUGGCAUCGACAAUGUAGAAAGUCCGCGCACAAAAGUCUCCCAGACCUUCGAUACGCUGGAUCUCGAUGGCCAGACUGAUUCCAUACCAAAACCAGACCCUCUCAAAAAGUCCGAAUCAGCUACUCAUUUAGGCGACGUACAAGACCAGACGUCUCAGGAGGAUGAUUCUACUUCCGCCACCGCACCUCAGGUGUUGCCCCGUUCAAAGUCACCACCUUUGGAUGGACAGAUAUCAGAUAAAUUUUGGCAUGAUUCUGAAAUUACAGGACAUGACCCCACUGAUCCCACUGAUGAUGGAUAUGGCAUCAAUGGGAUCGGCUUUCGGCCCACCCCGGCGCUUGCAUGGUCUCGCUCACAGCGACGGAAACAACAAUUGACAGAUCUCAAAAACAGAGAGGCUCGUGAGGCGAGGCAGCAAAGAAGUGAGAGGAGAAAACGCUUCAUCAGCGAAAGCGACGAUCACUCCACCGCUAUGGACGCUUCACCCCGUAAAAAUGUUCGCGUCCGCUUCGAAAAUGGAUGA